AUGUACUCACCGGAAGAGGAGGUCGAGCUGAAAAGGCGCAACUAUCACAGCAUCAGGGAGAUGAUCCGCCUCUCUUACACGGUGGGCUUUAACCUGAUGGAUCCUUCUCGUUGCGGACAGAUUCUCAGAAUCUGGACUAUUGUCCUCAGCCUGAGUAGCUUGGCCUCGCUCUACGGCCACUGGCAAAUGUUUCUCAGGUACAUUCAGGACAUACCACGCAUUGUCGAGACCGUUAGUACAGCCCUGCAGUUCCUCACCUCGAUAGCAAAGAUGUGGUAUUUCCUCUUUGCCCAUCAGGAGAUAUAUGACCUAUUGCGAAGAGCACGAUGUCAUGAGUUGCUCCAAAAGUGCGAGCUCUUCGCAAGGAUGUCAGAUCUACUUGUAACAAAGACGCUUCGCAGGCAGGUGGAGUCCACCAUGGAUCGGUACUGGGCCAGCACUCGUCGGCAACUUAUCAUCUAUUUGUAUUGCUGCAUUUGCCUAACUUCGAACUACUUUAUCAGCUCCUUUGCCAGCAACCUCUAUCGAUACUUCACCCGUCCCAAGGGAUCCUAUGACAUUGUGCUACCUCUACCAUCGCUCUAUCCUGCUUGGGCGGACAAGGGCUUAACUUUUCCCUACUACUAUAUACAAAUGUACCUGGAAACCUGCUCUCUAUAUAUCUGCGGCAUGUGCGCCGUUAGCUUCGAUGGAGUGUUUAUUGUCUUGUGUCUUCAUACCAUUGGCCUAAUGAAGUCCCUCAAUAAAAUGGUAGAACAUUCUACAUCCGAGUUGGUUCCUCCGAAACGUAGGGUUGAGUAUUUGCUAUGCUGCAUCUAUCAGUACCAAAGAGUGGCGGACUUUGCAGCUGAGGUCAACGACUGCUUCCGGCACAUCACUUUUUCGCAGUUCCUGCUCAGCCUUUUUGGCUGGGGCCUGGCCUUGUUCCAAAUGAGCGUGGGAUUUGGCAGCAACAGCAGCAUCACCAUGAUCCGGAUGACCAUGUACCUGGUUGCAUCUGGCUACCAGAUAGUUGUGUACUGCUACAAUGGCCAGCGAUUCACGACGGCUAGCGAGCAGAUUGGCAAGGCAUUCUACGAGGUUCAAUGGUACGGGGAGUCACGGGAGUUCCGCCACCUCAUCCACAUGAUGCUGAUGCGCACGAACCGAAGCUUUAGGCUGGACGUGUCCUGGUUCAUGCAAAUGUCCCUGCCCACGCUGAUGGCGAUGGUCCGGACAAGCGGGCAGUACUUCCUGCUUCUGCAAAAUGUCAACCAGAAAUAG